CCCUUAUUUGGUAAUGGCCCAGAUCAUGUGACUACAAAAUGGUGGAAGCUGUGAGCUGUUUGUAAGCUGAGCAUCUCCAUCGAGAGGCUGGGAGCAGGAAAUAGACAGAGAACUUGGAAGUACAUCCAUGAUCUGAGACACAGGAGGACAGAGAUUCCCGUGCCCCAGCAGUGGUCCUCCUGUGGAUGCACCUGGUGUCAGAGAGUAAAAUGAAUCCUGAGGGGGGCGAAGGCAGACCAGUCCCUCCUACCUCUCUACCCCUACAAGGAGGUCCCACCCAAAGAAAAAAGCUAUCUGCCCCUCGUAUCAGCCUGUCACUGGACCAGAGUGAGGAUGAUUUGGGGGAAACGCCAGAUGAUCUUGACAUUAACGUCGACGACCUCGACACUCCAGAUGAAGGGGAUUAUCUCGACUACACAGACCAUGAAAUGGACUGGGAAGACCCCAAUGCAGCCAGUAGGAGUGGGACAAGUGAGCCGUACAAUCCAAUCCCGACAUACAGCGCUGAGGAGGAGCGUCAGGACAGCAAGCUAUGGAGGACAGUCAUCAUUGGGGAACAGGAGCAUCGCAUCAACAUGAAGAUCAUUGAGCCUUACAUGAGAGUCAUCUCUCAUGGAGGCUACUAUGCCAACGGAGUGAAUGCCAUCAUAGUGUUUGCUGCCUGUUUCCUGCCAGACAGUGACAGAGAGGACUACCAUGAAAUAAUGGAGAAUCUCUUCCUAUAUGUAAUCAGCACGCUGGAGCUGAUGGUAGCAGAGGACUACAUGAUCGUGUACCUGAAUGGAGCCACUCCCCACAGAAGAAUGCCAGGCCUUGGUUGGCUGAAGAAGUGCUAUCAGAUGAUUGACAGAAGGCUCAGGAAGAAUUUGAAAUCCUUCAUUAUUCUUCAUCCAUCAUGGUUCAUCAGGACGGUUCUAGCCAUCACCAAGCCCUUCAUCAGCGCCAAGUUCAGCAGCAAGAUAAAGUAUGUGAGCAGUCUGGAUGAGCUGCAAGAACUCAUCCCCAUGGAUUGCAUCCAGAUCCCAGAGUGCAUUGUUAGACUUGACAAGGAACUGAAGGAAGCCGCAGAGAACUCAAAAGUGAAUAGUUUUCUGUACGGACCGGAGCCAACAGCAGCAGGCAGAACAGACAGACCAGACAAAGCCGGUGCCAGCAGCUCUUAAACCCAAACAUCCUAAAUGGAUGGGUCACCUCAAUGUUCAGAAUUCACUGUUGUAGUGUAUGGGUGAAGCUGGGAAGCGGAGGAAAAAGGCUUGUAAAGCAAAUGUAUGUGUGUUUUUGUGUGUGUAUGUGUGUCAGUGUUUGUCAAGUAGACACUGGAGUUUAAUAUGAAAACACAACUUACAAUAGUACACGUGAACAUUCAGAGUUAGAUCUCAUUCUUUACUGCUGCUGUAGCAUCUACUGUACCUUUACACCUGCAAUCCACUCUACUAUAUAGUCAAGUGUGAUGCUUGACAGCACCUACAGAGUAGCAUCAUUGUUCACGGGUAGGGUAGGAAAUGCAAUUACACACCAGACAGUGCACUGCGCAAAUCCAUUUGUAGAGUCUAUAGUGUCGUAGUUGUGUGCAUGAGAAGCAGUGAAGCAAUAAUAUCACCCUUUACCGGUUACACAGUCUCAGUAUUUCAGAUAAGGAGGCGACAUGUGUGUCAGCAGUCUACGAUGAAAGAACCAGGUGUGCCCAAAAAAAACCUUGUUCCAUAGGUGAUGACCAACUAUUGCAGUUCAACAAUCCAAUCCUUUGUCUUAAUAUUUGUUCCAAAACUGGGGAAUAAGCUUAUAAAAUAGAUAUUUUAGCUUUAUAAGGUCAAUAUGAAACCAAGGAGGAAUAAGUUAAAUAUGAAAUUAAGUUAUCCGUGCAUUGUGAGAGCAUGUCCUUUUAGCCAUGUUCUGCAAAUAUGUGUGUGUGUGACUGUGUGUGUGUGUGUGUGUGUGUGUGUGUGUGUGUGUGUGUGUUUUGUUAAUUUCUGUCAGAUACAUAAACCAGGAAUUAUCUCUUCAGCUUCUCCUAAAUCAUCAGGAAGUAACCUCAGACAAAAACAAAGAUGGGAUCUCUGUAAAGCACAAUUAUCUUCUCUGUGUGUGUAUGUAUGUGUGUGUGUGUGUCUGUGUGUGUGUGUGUGUGUGUGUGUGUGUGUGUCUCCACACGCAUGUAUGUGUGCAUCAGUGCAUGUAUCCUCAUAGAUAAGUGAUGGUCCUCUCACCCAUGACUCUUCUACUAUGGUGUAUUGAGGAUGCGCAAAGAAAUUAUGGAUCACUGUCUAGUAAUUCAAUAAAA